AUGGCAUCCUGCGGUACAAGGACGAUCAGAAUCUGGAACAUCUCUACCGGCGAAGAGGUACACACGUUUGAGGCAUCUAAGCAAUGCAUUGGUCUCACCUACAACGAAGGUCUGCUUGUUCCUGCCUGUGACAAAAACUACCUUGCAUCAUGGAAUCUCCACGAGAACGGGACUCGGCUACCAGACAAACCGUGGGAUCCUGGUGAUGAGUGCGCAGAAGGCCCACUGCGGCGACCGCCGUCUGCCAUAUCGAUCUCCAUCGGACAAAAUAUGCUCGCAGCCGCGUAUCCCGGACGGCCUAUCAUAUUAUGGGACUUAGAAGAGGAUUCUUACUAUGGCAGCUGCGGGAAAAAGCUUGCAAGCGGUGAAACCAGCAAACAUCUCGUCACCGCACUAGUGUUCAAUCCUAACCCGGCAUUUGAAUUACUGGCAGCCUCAUACCUCGAUAGCGAACUCGCGCUAUUCGACCCUUUCGCCGGAUACGGUGUCAUUGACAUCUACGGUUUCGAAUCCUUGAAGCUGCUGUACAGAGUCAAGCCAUCCAACCUCUACAUCAAACAACUUGACUUCAGUAGAGAUAGUCUUCAUCUUGUCGACAUUCGGGGCUCGCAAUGCAACGUCUGGGAGCCAGCAGCCUUACAUCGGGCGUCUAUCUCUGAAGACAGCACGGAAUCUACAUCGCCCUUCGUCGAAGUAAUCGCAUCCGAGGCAAGAGUAAAAAUCAGUGCCAUCCUCCUUUCUAAUAAAGAGACGUAUGUCGCUUGCGGCAAAGACGACGGCUCUGUCUGCGUAUACGAGCUGCAGACUGGAACCCAAACGAACACACUGUACCAUCACAAGUCCCGAGUCCACAUUCUGACAUGGGUGCCAGGCGGAAAAAUCAUCAUGAGUGUCGAUACGUCGAACUCGAUACUAGCGUGGAGCGUAGAGGACUCAAAGGAAAAGACGCUGAUCACCGAUCAACAAAUAUUCCAGGCUCGUCUCGAUUGCGGAUACACGAUCACUCAGCUGCUUCCUAAUUCAGCCGCCAGCAAGUUCAUACUAUCGACCCGAGAAUCGGAUCAUCUGUGGAGAAUGGUGGGGAAGCAGGAACAGCUUCGUAUCCCACGUGAUAGUCCGGGGCUUUGCAAAUGGUUACAACACCCCCAGUCGGCCCAACAUGUCAUUUGUAUGGAUGGUGCGGCUGUUCGUAUCCACACUUGGGAUGACUGGUCACAGGUCAGAACCAUAUCCACGACGAUCGACAUGAGACAUCUUCAACUGAAGAGCGUCGUAUCAUGUAUGGUGAAUCGCAGACCUUCUAUCCUUAUCGAGCUGUCAGAGUUACAUGGAGGUGCUGAUACCCGCAGCCUAGGCCUGUUAGACUUAGAGCUUCUGCGCGUCGAAUCGGGCUCCGGAGAACCCGUAUCUCCCUUCGGGAAUGAUGAACGCAAGGAUACCGCAAUCUCAGUCACGACGAAGCAAUCCACCCGGGAGGCAUCUACUCCUCUAAGAAAGGAACAGCUGCGGAUAUUUUCCGGGCGCGUGUCCCACGUCAUCGGUAUUUCCGACGCUCGCAAGCUUAUCUUUCUUGACAAGCAUUCAUGGGUAUGCUCCGUUGGGCUAGAUGACGUGGACGGGAAGCGCAUUCAGUAUUCGCGGCACUUUUUCGUGCCAUAUGAUUGGUUUUCAGGAACACGGGGUAUUCACUGUGCUCUCUCGCGGCGAAAUAUACUGUUUGCAUGCAACGACAAUGUCGCAAUUGUGAAAGGUGGUCUGGAGUAUGCGGAGACUGUCAUAAUCCCACUCGCAGAGUCUGAGGCGAAGGGGACCGACGUGUAA